AUUUUUCCUAAACAACCCCAUUCGAAAGGCCAUUCAACCUGAGCUCAAACCCCACUCAAGGAACUUACCAAUAUAGCUACUUAGCCCUUCUGCCUUCUGUACCUCUGAUAAGAGCACCCUGCAACCCAAAAUUCCGGCAAGAAAUCCUUUCAAAACUUCAAUCCCAGAAGACUUUUCAUGGAUUGCAAAUAAUUAAUGCAUGAAAUAGUGUAUCUCACAUCGUGCAACAACACUUUCAACAACAUCCCCCAUCACUUCCAGUUACCAUCAGGCCAGCCGAGCGUCUUUUAUCUUUUCAAUACUUGAUUUCCCUGAUCGCCGUGCGUCUGAAACGCGUGUUCCAUUGUGCAAGAUGCCCUUAUUGGAGGGUGUGUCGCCCAUUCGGCGUACCUUGCCCUAUUUGCAGGCCGGCAAGCUCGUGUUCAAGGACCGAGUCAAGGUCAUGACCUUGAAUUAUCGGGUGGAUGAGCGAGCCGAAGUGAUUCGCAAGCAUCGCUUGGCCCAUCCGGUCAAUGUGAAUGAUCCCAACGUGUUCCAACAGCGGCCUUGGUACAUCCAGAGUCAUCCAGCCCAUCACGGCAUCCAGGCCUUCGACCACUGGAAUGUGCCGCAAAUACAAUACAAGAACCCUCACAUCCAGAUUGCCUCUUUUAAAAACCAAGCUCCCGCCCCCUUUAUUGCUUGCUACAUGGACGAUGGUGAGGAGGUCCUCUUCGACGUUGACAAUCACACUAGUACACAAAUCUUGGACCGACUCAUCAAGGUUUUGGGCAAAUCCGAAGAGACCCUGGCUUUGGAGGCCUUAGCCGCCGAGAAGAAAGACAAUCCCGCCAAUUUUGGCAAGAAUUGCUCCCGUUUUUGUAUAUGUAACGUUCCCGGGCAAGUGCCCUGCCCCUCCCUCGUACCCCUACCCAAACAUUGGCGGGGUAAAUAUCACCAUGGCUUCGAGGAUGAGGACGAUUAACGAUUAACUUGUAAUAAAUCCUUCAGUGUGUUUGACAAA